AUGAAGCAGCUCGUUUUGUUGAGUAUUUUUGCUAUUGUUCUUGUGAACGGUGAGUAAAAAAUCAUAGGGAUUCCGAAAAUUAUGAGUGUUACUUUGAGACGUACUAAAGAUUAUUGCAAAAGGUAAAAUAUGGCCAAAUCUGAUAAAACACAGCCAAACCGAAAAAAUUGGCCGAUGCGUCCAAAUUGGGGCAAAUGGCACAAAGAAACGGUCGAAUAAAAAGCCACAGUUUAUAAGACUUGACCAGAGAUUGCCACGGCUCCGGAGCCGGCUCUUGGCUCCGGCUCCGAGCGGCUCUGGCUCCGAGCCGGGAGCCAGAGCCGGAGCCGGAAAUUUUGGGGUCGGCUCCGGCUCCCGAGCCCAAAGUCGGAGCCAGGCUUCCCAGCGGUCAGAAAAGUAAAAAUUUCGUGAUCUUGUUAAACCAAAUUGCUUGAAAAACACUGCGGAGGAUGUGACUUUACUGCAAAAACGUUGGCUGUAUCUCUGGCACUAAUAACUUUUAUUUUUGGAAAAACAUUUUUAAAAAACGUUUUGCAUGGGAGCCGGGAAUCGGAGCCGGAAGACUUUUUAAAUUUUGCACGGAGCCAAGAGCCGGAGCCGGAGCUGCAAAUUUGGCCUCGGCUCCGGCUCUGGGAGCUAAGAGCCGGAGCCAAAAUUUUGACCGUGGCAAUCUCUGGACUUGACCACACAUUUUGUCGGUUUUGCCACACUUUUUUUGAGUAUAAUUAGUGGUUUUCCACCGUGCAACUGGCUUUUUUGGGCUGUCGCUCGAUUUUUUUGGCCCUCUGACCUUUUCUGCCCAGUGCAAACUCCAAAAAAUGCUCCAGCGAUUUUACGAAUGGACUUGUACAUAUUAUUUCAGCCACCUCUGGGCGUCAACUCCCCGCCCCAGGCGAGGUUGAAGCCGCCGGCCUCAAAUGCACUCUCUGCAAAUACACGGUGGACUUUGUGUGUUCGACGUUGCUGGACCCGCGAAAGAAGACCGGAACGGCCUUCUUUCAGCUGCUGACUCAAAUCUUCGAACGUCUUUGCUAUGGGAUUGGGGUCGAUGAGGAAUGCUGCGAGGACAAGUCCAAGUUCGAGGACGCGGUCGGGAAUAUUUUGACUAUUGUCACAAACACUUUGCCAGAUGUGUGUAAUGUAAGUGGGGGAUGUGAUAUCAGUUGGUCGGGAAAAUAAUGUGGAUCCGUGGCAUCGAAAAUCGCAACGCCGCCGAGAAAAUGGAUUGUGUCGCUGCAGAAGGAAUUUGCUUUCCCAUCAGCGACGCAAUAGGGGCCGCGACAUUGUGCUCAUUUCUUGCAAAGAACUCUCGUAUCUAGAACCACAUAUUUACUAUUCUCUGGCGCCUUUCAGAGCGUGGACCCCACGUCCUGCCCCAAGGGAGAGCCCAAAUGCGGACCUCAAACCUUCCAGAGCCUGAUCUCCGCCAAAAAGCCGCGCAAAUUGGAGGAAUCAUCGGUUCGGACGGUUGUUGAGGCGCUGUACAAGUCCGCUCCGACUCUUCGUUCCGUCAUGGAUCAGGAGGCAAUGACCAAGCAGGUCAUGGAGCAUGCCCUGUCGUCUUAA